AUGUCAAACACGUCAACACCUGAAUCUUUGGACCUAAAAACUGUGAUAGCUGUUGACAUUCAGGAUAAUGUUAUUUCAGAUGAGUUGGAGACUCAAAGCUUUGCUUCCUCAAAUUAUGUGACUGAAAUUUUAGUGACAGCCCGUCGUCAAAAUUCUGAUACAAUCUUAUUACUCAAUUUAGCUCAAUUAUUUGAUAAAGCAAAAAAUGCUGAAUAUUAUGCUACAAAAGCUAACCAGGAAGAAACCUUAUGCUGGAUUAAUUAUAGAAAAGAAUUUGUAAUUCAAUAUAAUGAUCUUAUAAAAAACAGUAAUGGCAAAAUUGGCGAGAAAAAGGCAAAAAGUAUAAUUUAUGAUAAAAUAUUAGAGCACCUUACUAUCAUCCAUGAAAAGAUCCAAGGAAAAAAUAACAUGAGUAGAAUUUCGACAACAGCCUGUCGCCAAAAUCAUGUAGCCGAAAUUUUGCAUGAG